CUUAAAACAUGCCAUUUCAUGAGACAGAUGAUCUUGUGGACCAAGUAAACAAGGAGAAAUGUCUUGUGGGAUUUCUUGAUUUGCCUAUCAGUUACAGAAAAAGUCCAGACUUUGAUCUCAUCAUUGACUAUUAUCAUGUGAGUGAUUUACCUCAUGAUCUUUUCAAAUGGGCGUUUCAUCUCGUCAAAUCAAACAUGUAUACCAUGUAAGCACUUCACCAUCACGCCAUGGUUUAUUUAGAUGUCUAGGUAUGAUGAGUCUUAUACUGGUUGGAAUGAGCUAGGAAAAAGACAUGAGAUGCUUGAACCUCAAACACGUUAUUUAAUAGCAAGGUCAAGUACAGAUCCAACAGACAAAAAAGGGUUCUUGUCUUUUCAGAUGACUAGAGAAGAAACCUUGGACGACUAUAAGAUGGAUAAUACUGCUUAUUGUUAUGAGAUUCAGAUAGAACCCCAUGCUCAAAACCAAGGAUUAGGUGACUAUCUCAUGAACCUACUCUAUCAAAUUGGGUGUCAUUGGAAGAUGGAUAAAGUGAUGCUUACUGUAUUUAAAGCAAAUCAAGGUGCUUUUCGCUUUUAUACAGACAAACUAGGAUUUGAACUCGAUCCAAUUUCUCCAAGUACCUGUUUACCACUGUAUAGAGCAAAAAAGUUUGAUUAUGACUUAUUAAGCAAACCUUGUCAACACCAUUGAAUUCAAUAUCAGAUAAAGCUCUCUUUCUCUCUUUUUUUCUUUUUUUU